CACCGUUGUACGAGCCGCCUUUUCUCAUACUUUAUCCAUUGAGAUCAGUUAAGGAAUGCUGAGCUUGUUUAUUAUUUGUCGCUGGUUGAGGGCAUAGAGCGUAUCGUCAGCGGGAGAGUUUGCCGACCAUCAUAUUUUCGUACCACCAUUCGAUUCCAAACUGCGAAGGACCUCCACAGCAACGAAGUUGAAUGCAAAGGUGGCCUCAGGGAGAACACUGGCAGCAACCCUUCCUGGGCCGUUUAUUCCAUCUGAUGAGCCCGAGUCUUAAACCCAGGUGUGCCUCAGGCGCAAUCCCUCGCACUUCAAUUACUCGCCGCCCUCGCCGCCUCACAAUCCUUCCCGUUCUUAUCCCCAUGCUGUCCUGCCGAAACACCAUUCUUCAACGCUGUCACCACUCUGGGAUAUCUCUGCUUCCCCUGGGACAUAACCACGGUAUUGUCCUCGAUGCCGCUUGAGAUCUCCGCCUUCUUCUUCACUCUCUCCUUUUCCUCGUAGCUCACUUGGCAGAUGGUCACUUCUUGAGUUCGGUCCAGUACACGCAAACCUGGCUUGUUUCGAUUGCUUCAGGCAACCACUCAAGCUCGGCGAGCUCUUGAAGUUCAGCCGCUGAAGAAACCGGGCUGUUGGGGGUCAGGAUGAUGUGAUAGCGGGAUGUUGGUUGCGUCUUGAACGUUCCAGCUUGGAGGUCCCUUGGAGUUUGUUCCCAAAGUCCGGCGGCCCAGGGAGAGUCGUUCUCUUCUUGUUUUGCGAGGAG